GUGUGUGUGUGUGUGUGACAAUUCAGCAGAGGUCGGGACGUACCACGGAGCCCAGUAGCGGCAGGGAGGGGGGGCGGAGGACGUGGUCACCGAGGGGAGCCCCCGCCCCCUUCACGGAGGCCGAAGCUGGGGUUGCAGAGAGAACUGGAACUGGGCUCGCCCUAGGGGAAGGUAGCGCGGCCAAUCCGUCCCCUCCCCACACCCUACUCCGAGGGGGUGGGCGAUAGAGAAGAGGUUGGGGUUGGAGCAGCGGUGAGGGGGCCCCUCCCUGGCACCUCCCCCCACCAGACUUGGUCGCGCCCGAAGUGUAACACUUCUCUUUGUCGGAGGAGCUCCUCUGUUUCCUGUGCAGCAGCUCCCAUUGCGGAGGCACCCGUAGCAGCCCUGGCGGACGAAGGAGCGAUGGCAGCGGCCGAUAUAGCUCGCCAGGUGGGCGAAGGUUGCCGAACUGUCCCCCUGGCUGGACAUGUGGGGUUUGACAGCUUGCCUGACCAGCUGGUGAAUAAGUCAGUCAGCCAGGGCUUCUGCUUCAACAUCCUGUGUGUGGGGGAGACAGGCUUGGGCAAGUCCACCCUCAUGGAUACCCUGUUCAACACCAAGUUUGAGGGGGAGCCGGCCACCCACACACAGCCAGGUGUUCAGCUCCAAUCCAAUACCUAUGACCUCCAGGAGAGCAACGUGGGGCUGAAGCUCACGAUUGUGAGCACUGUGGGCUUUGGGGACCAGAUCAACAAAGAGGACAGCUAUAAGCCUAUAGUGGAAUUCAUAGAUGCUCAGUUUGAGGCCUACCUGCAGGAGGAGCUGAAGAUCCGGAGAGUACUGCACACCUACCAUGACUCCCGAAUCCAUGUCUGCUUGUACUUCAUUGCCCCCACAGGACAUUCGCUUAAGUCUCUGGACCUAGUAACCAUGAAGAAGCUGGAUAGCAAGGUGAAUAUCAUCCCCAUCAUUGCCAAGUCAGAUGCCAUCUCUAAGAGUGAGCUGACAAAAUUCAAGAUCAAAAUCACCAGUGAACUUGUGAGCAAUGGAGUCCAGAUCUAUCAGUUCCCCACGGAUGACGAGUCGGUGGCUGAGAUCAACGGAACCAUGAAUGCCCACUUGCCGUUUGCUGUCGUUGGCAGCACAGAAGAAGUGAAGAUAGGCAACAAGAUGAUGAGGGCGCGGCAGUAUCCUUGGGGGACUGUGCAGGUUGAAAAUGAGGCCCACUGCGACUUUGUGAAGCUGCGGGAGAUGCUGAUUCGGGUCAACAUGGAGGAUCUGCGGGAGCAGACCCACACCCGGCACUAUGAAUUGUACCGCCGCUGUAAACUGGAGGAGAUGGGCUUCAAGGACACCGACCCUGACAGCAAACCAUUCAGUUUACAGGAGACAUAUGAGGCGAAGAGAAAUGAGUUCCUAGGGGAGCUCCAGAAAAAAGAAGAGGAGAUGAGACAGAUGUUUGUCCAGAGAGUCAAAGAGAAAGAAGCUGAGCUCAAGGAGGCGGAGAAAGAGCUGCAUGAGAAGUUUGACCGUCUGAAGAAACUGCACCAGGAAGAGAAGAAGAAGCUGGAGGAUAAGAAGAAAUCCCUGGAUGAUGAAGUGAAUGCUUUCAAACAGAGAAAGACAGCAGCUGAGCUGCUCCAAUCUCAGGGUUCUCAGGCUGGGGGCUCGCAGACUCUGAAAAGAGAUAAAGAGAAGAAGAACUUUUUUUAACCUUGUCUUCAGCAGCUGUACUAAGUCUAAAGGAGAAGACUGCCAUUAUAGAAGAGUUAGUUAGGGCUCCAUAUUGUCUCAAGCAAGAAACCAACCAGCUCCCCUCCCCUGCAACUGUGCACAUAACACCACACUCGAGUGUACAUGUGUCCCUGUGUCCAGGCAAGAAGCUCUCUUCUGACUUACAUGGUGUUUUACAUGGAAGUGUCUUGUCCUAAACUCACAAGGCAGGAAAAGAAUCAUCAGAGCUGGAAUUGGACCAAAUGUAACCUCAGAGAGCCGACGACAGAACCACUCACCCAGGUGUUAAGUGAUUGGGGCAGGAGACCUCAGCUGUGGGUGUGGAAGUGCUGUUCACAAGGUUUUGAGUUUUCUGUUUGCUUUUUAAGAACAACUCUCUGGUUCAAUGGGUUGACUGUCUUCGGCCACUAUCAGGCUGAUUCUGAAUAUGGACGAGAAAGUUGAGUGACAUUUGCAUCUUCAGCACUCACAGACCUUCUGUAGCCCCCAGUGAGGGGGAGGCAUGGAGCAGUAACAUUCCGCUGGAGAAAAACUGACUGACGGGGGGGUUUAAGCUUAGUGAGAACAAAGCUUCUCCACGCAAACUUCCGCUGGGCUUUGGGGGCUUUGCAAGAGGUUUCUGCUCAACUUGGUAUCUGGAAGGAGAGCUUUGAUGUUGGUAAAUCUGCCUUCAAUUCAUUGGCUUUACUUAAUAUCCGAAUACCAUGUGAGUGUGCUUCUUCCCAUGUAGCCAUCCCACAAACACCAACACUCUGCUGUCCGUCUCUUGAGAGAGCCUCUUUGCAUGUUUUCCAGAAGCUGUGUUUGUUUUCCUUUCUUCUCUGUGGUUCUUUUGGCUCAAAGGUGUGACCAGUCACUGCCCUUCUGGGGCUUUCAUUUUCCACAAGAUACAUCCCAGAACCAGCACUGUUUAGCUCAUUAUCUUUCUAAUGUCCAUGUCAAUUUUCAAUAAAAUUCAAAGAAAUGUUCCAU